AUGCGCGCUUUCGGACCAAUCGCCGCCAACGGCGCGGGCGUUCGGACCAAUCGCCGCCAACCGCGCGCGCUGGAGGUGGUACCUCUCCCCGAGAGGAUCAAGAGGAGGGUGGAAGCGAAGAGGGACGCGGCCUUUGAGCCCCCCGAGCCGAGCGGGGGGCAGGCAGGUGGCCUUGGUGCUGGCGGUGACCUGCUGGUACCUGGCAGCAGAGGGUGGCGGGAGGCCCUGGCGUCAUCUGAAGCAGCGUCUGGUGGCAGCCAGAAUGGCACGUGCGGCGUUGAGAGGCCUUCUUUGUGCCCGCUGCCAGCCCCUCAAUCUCACCCCACAGACCAGCCUGAUACACCCCUGGUAAGCGGAGGAUGCCCAGGAACAUCCCCGCUUCCCAAGAAGGUAAAAUACAGUCAGAAGGAAAGGGAGGCAGUGUGCCAGGCUGCGUGGCAGAGGAGGAAGGAGCGAGAAGCACAGAGGAGGCAGCAGGAGCAGGAAAAAGAGAAGAAGCGAGCCCUUGCCAAGAUGCUGAAAGCUCAGCGACCGGGAGAGUGCCAGAAAUACAUAACAGUGGUGCUACAUCCAGCUCUCUUGCAGGUUGACAGUGGUGGACAGAUCCUUAGUGCUUUGCAGGCUGCAAAUUAUUCCUGUGUGGUUGAGAGUCAGGCUGUUCCCUGCAGCAUCACCUGGAGGAGAAAGACUGUGUCACCUCAGGUGGAAGAAGGAGACGAAUGGACAGAAGAACCAAAUGUCCUGGUUCUGCUUCGCCUGGAGGAGUUUUUAUCCAUGGUUCACAACUACGUACAAGAGGCCCAGGGCUGUACAGAAGGACAGAAGGAGACCCUACAGAGUUAUGUAGCUCAUGCGAUGGAGCAAAUGCCUGGGAAAAUUCUAGCACUGGCAGUAGCUGGAGUAGAAAAUUAUUUCAGGUCUCUCAAGGAUCAGUCGAAAAAGAGACCGCGACAGGCAGCAGUGAGUGGAAACCAAGAAGAGGAACAGAGGAAACAAAGAAAAAAGGAUGUUAAGGGUUCUGGCCUGGAGAUAUCCAGAAUGGACAUGGAAGAAGCCUUGGUGGAUCUGCAGCUGGGGAAACAAGUUCAAGUCAGCUUUUUUGAGAGCUGGGAGGAGCUGGGAGAGUUUGCCACUAUGUUCACAAAAGCUGUAGCCGAAGCACCGUUCAAGCGACAGCGAGAGAAGACGGGGUUCUCUUUCUACUUAGAGAAGGGGUGGUGUGGAGGGGUGAAGGUGGAUCAUUCGGGAAAGGGUCUCUUGGAAGUUUGGAAGAGGCAGAUACAACAAUUUAACCGUGUCAGCAUCGAGAUGGCUGAGGCUGUUGUGUCUGUGUACCCUUCUCCUCAGCUUCUCAGCCAGGCCUACAGCAGGUGCUCCUCAGAGCGGGAGCAGGAAAACCUGCUGGCUAAUAUUCCUGUGCGCCGCGGUGACGGUGUGACAGCCACCUCUCGGCGGAUUGGACCCGAACUUUCCCGACGAAUCUAUCUGCAGAUGACUUCCCAUGAUCCUGAUCUCUAUUUGGAUAUCACUGGGUAG